AUGACAACUUUAGCUGAGAAUACUACAAAAUGUCCAAACUGUAAAUCGGACCUGGUCAAUUGUUUAAUCAAUCAAAACCAAAGUUUGGUAAUAUGUCCAAAUCAACAAUGUUUAUAUCCUUUUGAUCAGAAUCGUGUAGACAAUGAAAUAUUUUAUGUAACAAAUGAAGAAUUAUCAAAGAUUGUCUCGGAAAAAGUAACAAUGAAGGAUAUUUUUAAUGACGAACAAUUAAAAGAUUUGUAA